UGAGAAAGUCCCAGAAGUGGCGAUGACGUGAAACAGAAAACGGACCUGGGGAAGGACGUGCAGGGUACGGUGGGGCUGGACAGACCCGGCCGGGCGCAAAUCCCUGCAGCGUGGGAAGUUCGGAUGCACCUACGAUUUGAGGUGGAGGCAGGGCUGGGGAGGCGGAAGGCUAUGGCGCGCGGGGCACUAUGGAAGGCAACGUCAGGAACGUACGGCGGGACGGAAGCCUCUGAGGGUCAGACGGUAGCGACGCGGGAAGUCUGGACGCAGUAGCUGCCUGAAGAGGAGGCCUGAAGCUGAGGCUCGGUCCGGGCGGCGGCAAUGGCGGAAAGGCCGGAGGAUCUAAACUUGCCCAACGCCGUCAUCACCAGGAUCAUCAAGGAGGCGCUCCCGGACGGCGUCAACAUCUCCAAGGAGGCCCGGAGCGCCAUCUCCCGCGCCGCCAGCGUCUUCGUGCUGUACGCCACGUCCUGUGCCAACAAUUUUGCGAUGAAAGGGAAGCGCAAGACACUGAAUGCCAGUGAUGUGCUCUCAGCCAUGGAAGAGAUGGAGUUCCAGCGGUUUGUUACCCCGUUAAAAGAAGCUCUGGAAGCAUAUAGGCGGGAGCAGAAGGGCAAGAAGGAAGCUUCAGAGCAAAAGAAGAAGGACAAAGACAAAAAAACAGAUUCGGAAGAGCAAGACAAGAGCAGGGAUGAGGACAAUGAUGAAGACGAGGAAAGGCUAGAAGAAGAAGAACAGAAUGAAGAAGAGGAAGUGGACAACUGAAUAGGGUGGGAUACUGGCACCUUGGAAGGUACCACUCUGAGACUUGCUACAUGUCUCUGUGAAGCUUUUCCCUGCUGGGCAGAGUAGUCUUAGGCAGAAGUGCCUGAGAAGAUCAAAAUAAAACCUGACUAGAAUUAUCGCCAAAACCAGCACUUCCCAAACUCAAAGCAUCUGAGUAGUGGAAUCCUGUUUUGUUCAAUCAGUCUGAAGGUUAUGACUUUCUGGCAAGAGGGAUUCUGAAUGGCUAAUUAGUUUGAUCACUCUUGUUUACUUAUAUGUAUGGUUAGGUUGGUUUUGAUCUCCAGUUCCCCUGCUCCCCUCCAAAAGUAAUAAUAACUUCCGUGCUGCCUGCUGUGUUCCAGAUCACAGAGGCAGUCAAGGCUCAGGAAAAUUGGGGCUUUGAUCAUGGUCAGCCUAUAUUUGGUUGUACAGUGCUUGGCAAUAGUAGCUUAUUAAGAGUGUUCAAAACAAUAAAACUUAGAGAAACUGCUAAAAAGCUGUGGGAAAAUAAUGAAAUCUGUUGUCUCUUCACUUGACAGUAGCAUUAAUUGAAUUUUGUUUUCUAUAGACCCACUUGGUUUGGAGCCCUUUUGUGUUGCAUGUAGACAUUUGACCUGCUAGAGUGGCUGCACUCUGGGUACACAGGCCCUUAAAUCAGCAGUGUAGGUUGGAAUUAGUCAAGCAAAGGUGCUAAUGUCUUUCUUUUACAAAACAGAUGGUUUAGGCUUAGGUAUCUCAUUGCCUGCCUAACAUGCAGCUUUAGGAUUUAUCGACACCUCCUGGGAGGUGUAAAAUCCAGGCUUUCUCUUCUUUUUUUUUUUUUCUUUUUUCUUUUUUUUGUUUCUUUUUUGGGCUUUCUCUUCUUAUAGUCCCGUCUCAGACUUGUGACUAUGGUUUUUCAUUCUUCAAUUCAUGAUGAGUUCCAAACUUUAUUUCCUCAAUGCACAACUUUCUCCCUCUGUGCUUCUUGCUUACUGUCUUUCUUCUGCCUCUCCCCUGCUCCCCAUCCUCACUUUUCUUCUCUCUUUCCUUUUCUCUUAUCUACUGUCAGUCUAGGAACUUUGUUUACUUGCUUAAUAUUUCAGAGUGCAAGUUCCUCUGAUUCCUUAGUUCUAAUCUCAUGUCUUUUCAAAAUGGUUUUAUGAAACCCCUCUAAACCUUAAGGGAAAUCUGAUGGUGCUCAGGAAUCUAAUUCCCCCCAAACCAUCCCCUUUAACUGCUUCUAAAGUAUCUCUGUUGGCCUUUCUUAGCCUUUUUCUUUACAUUCAGUACUCCAAGCACUUUUUUGUUUGUCUCUAAGUUGAGCGCUUGGAGUUUGACAGGUAGUGAAGUGUAGUUUGACACUGUUAACUUGUUAAAUGAAUACAGUGAAAAGUUUGUUGAUAGAUGAGUGAAGAAUGUUGAGAAGAUUAUAAUGCUUUGUACCAAUAAAGAACAUUCUUGUUAAAAGUGA